AUGUCCACCAACGACGUCGGUCUCUCCGAGCGCGAAGUCAAGCUCAUGUCGCAGUCCUGGCAGUGCUUCGACGAACACCCCAAGAUCAAUUUCGAGAAACUUGCCGGUCUCGGCGGUUACACGAAUGUCAAUUCCUGCAAGAAUGCCUGGGCGGCCAUCAAGAAGAAGCUCCUCGCCGCUCAAGACGACAAGAAGAGCUCUGGUGGUGGUGUUGGUGGCAGCGAGGGUGGAACCACCAAGACUCCCGUCAAGGGCACUCCGAAGAAGCGUGCUCGCGGCAAGAAAGCUGCCGACGAGGAUGACAAUGAGAAUGCCAACAACGACGAAGACGACGAGGAGAGUCCUACGAAGAAGGUCAAGGCUACUCCGAAGAAGCGCGCUGCUACUCCUAAGAAGUCGGCGAAGGAGCAGAAGACUGCGACUAAGACUGUGAAGACCGAGGAGGUGGAUGAGGAUGGGGAGUCUGAUGGGAUUGGAUUUGAGAUUCCUGGUGAGGAUGAGGAUCUACUCUUUUGA